AUGAACCCAGUUCAUAACAAGCUGGUGUUUUCCUCGUUAUUUCUCGCCGUUGUUUGCUUCGCCGGCCUGAUUCACGUCGAGAUCGAGCUUCACGCUCAUCGACAAAUGCUUCAAGCCUUGAAUCAACCAAAAGAAGAGCAACUUGAACUGAAGAACGCAGCAAAUGACGGAAAGACGAAUGAGAUGAAUAAUUUAUGUCCUUCCACAGACAAAGUUGGUGCAUUGAUCAUUCAGAAACCCUCUUCUGUUAUUGUUGAGGAAGGACACAAAGUGACUCUGGUCUGCCUAGCUACCGGUCAGCCGACACCAAAGAUCACGUGGCGAAAAGCAGUCGGUCGCAUGUCAAAGGAAAGAUCAAGAGCUAUUAAUGGCAGGUUGGAAAUAACUAAUGUGACUAAAACAGACGGGGGAGACUACAUAUGUUUGGCAAAGAACAUUAUUAAUGAGGACUCCGCCCAUACACAAGUCAUCGUGCUUGAAAAACUAAAGUUUACAUUAUUCCCUCCCCUUAAACGUUCAGCCAAACCCUCAGGAAAUGUGUUACUGACUUGCAAAGCACAAGGAGAAAGAGAGAUUGUGUGGCAGCGGACAGGCCAAGGUCUGCCUUCGGGUCACGUAGUUUAUUCAAAUGGCUCCCUGCUUCUUAAAAAUUUUUCCCCGACUGAUGCUGGAACCUACACUUGCAUUGCGAGAAAUUUUCAUCGCUCCAUAACAGCUAUCACUGAGCUUGAAGUUCGAAAGCCAACCUCUUGUAGCGAAAUAAAAGCACACAAUAGAGGAAUAUCUUCAGGUACUUAUACGAUUAACCCUGAUGGCAAAGAGGGCGUGACACCCUUCAGCGUGUACUGUGACAUGACUGACAAAGGUGGGGUUGGUGUGACGGUUAUCAGUCAUGACAGUGAGAGAAGAACUUAUGUUGGCAAAAUUCCUAGAUGUGGUGGUCCUGGAUGUUACAGUAAAGAUGUGCAAUACACUGGAGUCAGCACCGCUCAGCUAUCAGCACUCACUCGAGUCUCACAGAACUGUGAACAGUUUAUCAAAUUUGAGUGCAAUAAUGACGUAGCUUUUAUUGAGGGGAAUUAUGCUUGGUGGGUGUCACGUGGUGGAACAAAGAUGAACUACUGGGGAGGAGCUACAGGUCAUGACAAGAUGUGCGCAUGCGGAGUAACAAAUUCUUGUUCCCAUGGUAAGAAGUGUAACUGUCAUAACAGUGGCGGUGGCUGGAGAGAGGACAGCGGUUUGUUAACUGAUAAGUCUGUUCUGCCUGUGACACGAAUCACACUCGGAGACUUGGAUGACUCAAACGAAGAAGGAUAUCACACAUUAGGAAAACUCAAAUGUUAUGGUGUGGCAUAAGGUUUCAUUGUUCCAGUAACUCAGCCACUAAACACAAUGCAGCAAGUGUAAUUAUCAACAGUUGUUAUCUAAGUGGAGGCAACUGAUCCUUUAAACAAAAAAACACUGAUCCUUCUGACAUUUUAGUUGCGUCAGUUACAUCUUAGGGACUAAGAACUGUUAAAUACCUGAUUAUUUCUAAUUCUUAUAUUUUUUAAUGAGAUGACCGUAUAAUUUGUAUUUUUCGGAGCCUCAUACUAAGUAAAUACACAAGGCAACGGGCUAAAUAAGGCUCGGCCCUAUUGUUAAAUCUGUGUUAGCUUUCUACUUUCCUCGCAAAUUUAAUUUAACGCGACUGAUACUGUGAACGAAAGAUACUAAUCCUUCUCACUAUUUAGUUUCAUCAGUUGCAUUUUAAGAACUGUUAAAUAAGUAGCCGCCUAUUUAUAAUUUUUGUUUUUUAUAAGGUGACCACAUAAUUUCUUUUCUUUUUCGAAGCCUCAUACUAAGAAAAUACACAAGAGGGCUCGGCCCUAUUUGCUAGAAUAAUCUUCUCAGCCCUUCUACGAGUGGCAGUAUUUACCCCAGUGUAUACCAAAUCCUCUUAUGCUGAACGUUAUGUCUCUUUUACCAGUAAUAUCGUUAGCGGCAAGGCGUUUACAGAGCUCUAGAAAUGUGU